GCAGCCAGGCGCGGCUGCUCGGGGCUGGCCCGCCGGGCGCUGACCAUGGCCUUCGCCCUGCUCAUCUUGGCGCUCAUGACCUGGGCCUACGCGGCGGGCGUGCCGCUGGCCUCGGACCGCCACGGGCUGCUGGCCUUCGGGCUGUACGGCGUCUUCCUGGCGGCGCACCUGGUGGCGCAGAGCCUCUUCGCCUACCUGGAGCACCGGCGCGUGGCGGCGGCGGCGGCGCGGACGUCCCGGGGCGCGGGGCCGGGCGGGGCGGUGCGCAGCGUGGCGCUCACCAUCUCGGCCUUCCAGGAGGAUCCCGCCUACCUGCGCCAGUGCCUGGCGGCCGCCCGCGCCCUACACUACCCUCGCGCGCGCCUCCGCGUGCUCAUGGUGGUGGACGGCAACCGCGCAGAGGACCUGUACAUGCUGCACAUGUUCCGGGAGGUCUUCGCCGACGAGGACCCCGCCACCUACGUGUGGGACGGCAACUACCACCAGCCCUGGGAGCCCGCGGCGGGCGCGGCCGAGGGCGCCUACCGGGAGGUGGAGGCGGAGGACCCGGGGCGCCUGGCGGUGGAGGCGCUGGUGCGGGCGCACCGCUGCGUGUGCGUGGCGCAGCGCUGGGGCGGCAAGCGCGAGGUCAUGUACACCGCCUUCAGGGCGCUCGGAGACUCGGUGGACUACGUGCAGGUCUGUGACUCAGACACGAGGCUGGACCCCAUGGCCCUGCUGGAGCUCGUGCGGGUGCUGGAUGAGGACCCCCGGGUCGGGGCUGUUGGGGGGGAUGUGAGGAUCCUCAACCCUCUGGACUCCUGGGUCAGCUUCCUGAGCAGCCUGCGGUACUGGGUGGCCUUCAAUGUGGAACGCGCCUGUCAGAGCUACUUCAACUGUGUGUCCUGCAUCAGCGGCCCCCUAGGUUUGUACAGGAACAACCUCCUGCAGCAGUUCCUGGAGGCCUGGUACAACCAGAAAUUCCUGGGCACCCACUGCACCUUUGGGGAUGACCGGCACCUCACCAACCGCAUGCUCAGCAUGGGCUAUGCCACCAAGUACACGGCGCGCUCGCGCUGCUACUCGGAGACGCCGGCGAGCUUCCUGCGCUGGCUGAGCCAGCAGACGCGCUGGUCCAAGUCCUACUUCCGCGAGUGGCUGUACAACGCGCUGUGGUGGCACCGGCACCACGCCUGGAUGACGUACGAGGCGGUGGUGUCGGGGCUGUUCCCCUUCUUCGUGGCGGCCACGGUGCUGCGGCUCUUUUACGCCGGCCGGCCCUGGGCGCUGCUCUGGGUGCUGCUGUGCGUGCAGGGCGUGGCGCUGGCCAAGGCGGCCUUCGCGGCCUGGCUGCGGGGCCGGGCGCGCAUGCUGCUGCUGUCGCUCUACGCGCCGCUCUACAUGGGCGGCCUGCUGCCCGCCAAGUUCCUGGCGCUGCUCACCAUGCACCGCAGCGGCUGGGGCACGUCGGGCCGCCGCCGCCUGGCCGCCAACUACGCGCCGCUGCUGCCGCUGGCGCUCUGGGCGCUGCUGCUGCUCGGGGGCCUGGCGCGCAGCGCGGCGCGGGAGGCGCGGGCGGACUGGAGCGGCCCGGCGCGGCGGGCGGAGGCCUGGCACCUGGCGGCGGGCGCCGGCGCCUACCUGGCCUACUGGGCGCUGGCGCUGGGGGGCUACUGGGUCGGGGUGCGCCGGCUCUGCCGCCGCAGGGCGGGGGGCUACCGCGUGCGGGUGUGAGCCCCGCACCGAUCGGGUCGUCGGCCUCCCGCCCCGUGGACAGAAAGGCUUGCAGCCCUCCGAGAUUCUUCAGCCUGGACCAGUGGGGGUGCAGGGAUUUCUGGGGGUGCAGGGAUUUCUGGGGCUCCGUGUGUGUGUGCGUGUGUGUGUGUGUGUGCGUGUGUAUGUGUGUGCAUGUGUGUGUAUGAGUGUGUGUGUAUGUGUGUGUGCGUGUGUGUGUGUGCGUGUGUGUAUGUGUGUGUCUGUGUGUGUAUGUGUGUGUGUAUGUGUGUGCGUGUGUGUGUGGGGUAUUUAUUGCUCGGGAUGGUGGAUGUGUUGGGGCGAGCGGGGCAGUGGGGACAGAGGCUCCCUCAGCACCGAGUAUUGCUGGGACCCUGCUUUCUCCUCCUGGUUAUUUGAUGUUCAUUUUUACGCUGUGAUUAGGAAAUAAUAAAGAAUUUUUUUAAAUUUU